ACCGCAGACUCCAGAGACGUGGAGCACCUCGGCUAGGGCAGCCCCUGCCCGGCACCAGGGGACACAGUCUGGCCCAGUUGGGGCUGGGCUCCUGGGUGGAUGGCCCAGCUGCGGAUACCCACGGGCUUGACAAGACUCUAUGGAGUGGCUCAGGGACGUCCUGGGCCCAGCAGCACCCAGGAGGACAGUGCUCAGCACUGCUGGGGGUGCGUCACAUUUGGCCUCUCCCAACGGUGAGCAGGCAUUUACCUUGUGGACGUCUUGAACUGCCUGCUGGGAGAGUGUGUGGUGUGGUGUCCGGUGAGGAUCGGUACCAUUGCCAACCUGUCUCCAUUGGCCACGAGGCACCCCUCCUGGGUCUGUGGUCCAGACUCCUGGGUCUCUGCAGCCCCUCACGGCCUUGCAGAGACACCCCAGGUUCAUGGGUCAGGUUUCCAGGGCUCUAGACCAGCUCUGCCUUGGCUUUCCCAUCGUCUCUGUCUUCCAAUUUGCUGUAGGCAUGCCAUGGCAAGGGCUGUCAGCAGCAACAUCUUCCUCCUUACCUUCCCCCGGCCCACACUAAAUCAUGGAGUGAGGAGGAGCUGUCUCCAUGCCACCUGCUGACAGUGAGGGUCAUCCGGAUGAAAAACGUCCAACAGGCUGACGUGGUAAGCCAGACAGACUGCUUUGUGAGCCUCUGGCUGCCCACAAGCUCUCCUAAGAGGCUGAGGACUAGGACCAUCUCCAACUGCCGAAACCCAGAGUGGAAUGAAAGCUUCAAGUUCCAGAUCCAGACCCGGGUGAAGAACGUGCUAGAGCUGAGCGUCUGUGAUGACGACACGUUGACACCAGAUGACCAUUUCUUGACAGUUCUCUAUGACCUCACCAAGCUCUGCUUCCGAGAGAAAACCCACGUGAAGUUCCCACUCAACAGAGAGGGCAUGGAGGAGCUGGAGGUGGAGUUCCUGCUGGAGGAGAGCCCCUCUCCACCUGAGAGUCUCAUCACGAAUGGCGUGCUGGUGUCUCGACAAAUGUCCUGCCUGGAGGUUCAUGCAGAAUCCAGGAGACAGAAGAAUAGGAAAGUGAAGGGCCUCCCGGUGACAGUGACGGAGUCCUUCGAGCACACCCAGCACAUCUCACACUGCCUGGAGCCCUGCGGCCCAAACCCUGCCUGCUUCCACUACCCCAAGUACUUCCAGCCCCAGGUCCACGUGGAGGUGCCCAAGAGCCAGUGGAGCUCUGUGCUUUGCUGCUGCAGUGCGUGCAAGAACGACCCUGUGUGCCAGUCCCUGGAUUGCCUCCCUGACGGCCAGGCGGUGACCCUGCCUGUGAACAAGAAUUGUGAAUUACACAUGAAAUCUACACCCUGCUCCGAGGCACUGGACGUGCGGCUAGGCUUCAGCCUGUGCCAGGCAGAGCUGGAGUUCCUGCAGAAGCGGAGGGUGGUGGUGGCUGAGGCGCUGAAGCAGGUGUUGCAGCUGGAGGAGGACCUGCAGGCAGACGAGGUCCCACUGAUAUCCAUCAUGGCCACUGGGGGUGGGACAAGAUCCAUGACUGCCAUGUAUGGCCACCUGCUGGGGCUGCAGAAGCUGAACAUCCUGAACUGUGCCAGCUACAUCACUGGCCUGUCAGGGGCCACCUGGACCAUGGCUACCUUGUACCGUGACCCUGACUGGUCCUCCAAAAACCUGGAGCUUGCCAUCCUCGAGGCGCGGAGGCACGUAGUCAAGGACAAGACGCCCGCUCUGUUCCCAGAUCAGCUCCUCAAAUUCCGGGAGGAGCUGCAGCAGCGCAGGCAGGAAGGCUACAAAGUCACCUUCACAGACUUCUGGGGUCUGCUGGUCGAGACCUGUCUGGGGGACGAGAGAUAUGAAUGCAAACUGUCAGAUCAGCGUGCUGCUUUGUGUCAGGGCCAGAACCCCCUGCCUAUCUACCUCACCAUCAAUGUCAAGGAUGAUGUAAGCAACCAGGAUUUCAGAGAGUGGUUCGAGUUCUCUCCCUACGAGGUGGGUCUGCAGAAGUAUGGAGCCUUCAUUCCCACCGAGCUCUUCGGCUCCGAGUUCUUCAUGGGGCGGCUGAUGAGGAGGAUCCCAGAGUCGCGGAUAUGCUACAUGCUAGGUCUGUGGAGCAGCAUCUUCUCCCUGAACCUGCUCGAUGCCUGGAAUUUGUCCCACACCUCGGAGGAGUUUUUCCACAGGUGGACAAGGGAGAGAGUGCAUGAUAUCGAAGAUGAGCCACUCCUACCUGAAAUCCCUAAAUGUGAUGCCAACAUGCUGGACACCACGGUGGUGAUGCCAGGGUCAUGGCUGUCCAAUACUUUCCGCAACAUCCUCACCUCCCGGGCCUUUUUGUCUGAGUUCCACAACUUCCUGCUGGGGCUGCAGAUGCACACCGACUACUACCAGAAUGGCCAGUUCUCCACGUGGAAGGACUCGGUGCUAGAUGGCUUCCCAAACAAGCUGACAGCGUCCGUGAACCACUUGUGCCUGCUGGACACUGCAUUCGUCAUCAACUCCAGCUACCCGCCCGUCCUCAGGCCGGAGAGAAAAGCUGACCUCAUCAUCCACCUCAAUUACUGUGCUGGGUCCCAGACAAAGAACUUCUGCUGCCAGUGUCCUUGUCCCCACGGUGAGCCACAGCCACCACCCCUCCCGCCUCUGCAGGAGACCCUCCAACACUAGCAGGUAGGUCUGGUUUAGUCUCCCCUGGGGUCACUGCUCCCUCCCCUGGGUCCUGAUGCACACACUGCUUUGUGUGUGCCCUCCAAGAGUGGAGUCUCUGAUCCCCCCAGCCCUGUGGAAGUCCUGCAAUCAAUUCCCACUAGGCUUCGAAGUCUGAUUCUCUAGGAAUUCCUCCUCCUGUUGCCAGAUCCCCAGGUUGGGAAGCCUGAUGUAGGGCUCAGAACCUUCACUCCAGUGGGUGGACUUCUGUGGUAUAAGUGUUCUCCAGUCUGUGAGUCACCCACCCAGCAGUUAAGGGAUUUGAUUUUACUGUGAUUGCACCCCUCCUACCGUCUCAUUGUGGCUUCUCCUUUGUCUUUGGAUGUCGGGUAUCUUUUUUGGUGAGUUCCAGUGUCUUCCUGUCAAUGAUUGUCCAGCAGCUAGUUGUGAUUCUGGUGUUCUCGCAAGAGGGAGUGAGAGCACAUCCUUCUACUCUGCCAUCUUGGUUCCUCUCCCUGGUCUACUUUAAUACAGUCCUAUCCUGAGGCCAGGGAAAAGGGAGUAUAGACAGAUGACAAGGAUGACACCAAUGAUAAUGACCUAAGUUUGUAAACAAGGGACAACAUGCUUUCCUACACAUGAUCUCCCUUGAUCCUUACACCAGCUCUUUGAGGUAGAUGGCACAACUGCUAUUAUUCCUAUGUUAUAGGUGAGGAAGGUGAGGCACAGAGAGGGUAAAUGGCUUGCUUAAGAUCGCACAGCUAGUGAGCUUAGAACGGGGCAGAACUAAGGGGAUUCUGAUACUCCAAGUCUGCUGCUUUUUCUGUUACAUCCUGUUUAUAAAGAUGCCCUUUCAGAGUCCUUUCUGGCCCUGUCACGUUCCAAAGCCCAUGAGUGUCCUGCAGGAGCCUGGCCAGCCAUGGCUGUCACCCUCUUAGGGAGCCAGCCACAUCUCCAGGUCUGUGGGUGAAGCAUCAUCGGAAGGGCUUCUGUCCAGUUUACUUGGGGAAGGAGCUUGCAGUUGGACACACACCAACCUACUGCCCCAGGCUCUUCAUCCGGAUCCAGGUUUGUCCUAAAAAUAGCACACAUAGGCAGAGCAGUUGGAGACCUGAGUUGUUAGCUGGGGAAAUCAGAAAGCUGGACCUAAGAAUUCUGUGUUUCUUGCCCACCCUCACCCCUCCUGAUACUCAAACAUGUCCUCCUGUGAUGUUCCAGCCCGUGAAACAAACCUGCAAGUACUGCACCGAGCAGAACAUCCCCUUCCCCAAAUAUGAGGUGCAGGAGGAGGAGGAUAACCUCAAGGAGUGCUACCUGAUGGAGAGCUCCCAGGAGCCCGAUGCCCCCACUGUGAUUUUCUUCCCACUCAUCAGCGACACCUUCCAAAAGUACAAGGCCCCAGGUGUGGAGCGAAGCCCCGAGGAGCUGGAGCAGGGCCAGGUUGACAUCUAUGGUCCCAAAUCUCCCUACGCCACCAAGGAGCUGACGUACACAGAGGCCGCCUUCGACAAGCUGGUGAAGCUCUCCGAAUAUAACAUCCUGAAUAACAAGGACAAGCUCCUUCAGGCCUUGCGACUAGCAGUAGAGAAGAAGAAACGCCUGAAGAGCCAGUGUCCCCCUAAAGUCCCAGGUCACCCGUAAAGAGUCCCCCCUAAAGUCCCAGGACAGUCCUGUGUCUGCUUCUAGCAUCAGAGGUGCAGAACCCAGGGCUGACCGGCCCUCAGAGCCACCUCCGCUGCCUAGCAAGGGCUGCAGGCAGGCUGGCCUGGGCUUUCUAUCAAAAAAAUUAAAAUUAAAAAAAAAAAGGUUGAAGGAGAAAGAGAAAGAGACAAAGGAAAAUAACAAGGGGAUGUAAUGGGGCUUUAUACCCACUGGAAUUUUUUUUUAAACAUCUUUAUUGGAGUAUAAUUGCUUUACACUGUUGUGUUAGUUGCUGCUGUAUAAAAAAGUGAAUCAGCUAUAUGUAUACAUAUAUCCCCAUAUCUCCUCCCUCUUGCACCUCCCUCCCUCCCUCCCACCCUCCCUAUCCCACCCCUCUAGGUGGUCACAAAGCACCAAGCUGAUCUCCCUGUACUAUGCAGCUGCUUCCCACUAGCUAUCUGUUUUACAUUUGGUAGUGUAUAUAUGUCCAUGCCACUUUCUCACUUCGUCCCAGCUUCCCCUUCCCCCUCCCCGUGUCCUCAAGUCCAUUCUCUAUGUCUGCGUCUUUAUUGCCGUCCUGCCCAUAGGUUCUUUGUAACCAUUUUGUUUUUUUUUUUUUUUAGAUUCCAUAUAUAUGUGUUAGCAUACGGUGUUUUUCUCUUUCUCACUUCAAAUGCUUUUUUAAAUUUAAUGCAAUUGUAUUCUUGUGAUUUUUAUAGGCAACUGUAUUUUGUGAUUUUUAUUUUUAUGAAUCAGCUUAUUACUAGGAAGCAUAAUGCUUGAAGAUCUAGAUGGAGCACUAGAGACAUCCUGGUCUCUUCAACAACAAACACAAACAGAUGAUGGGGUUUCAGCAGCCCCUCUUCAACCACUUAAAGGCCGAGGACAAGUGAUCCCUUUGAUCCCCACUGGGCAGCCUCGACUAAGCAUCCAGCUCCGGCGAAAUGCCAGGCAAAGCCCAAGUCUGCAGCUCCAGUUCACCAAACAAGGAUCUGGAUGCAGCUCUGGGACGUCUGGGCAGGUACAUGAGGCAUCAGGUGAGUGAUGCUGCCUGGUGCCACCACUCCACAGGGCCACCACUCGCUGACCAACCUGCUCCAGAGGCACUUCUCCAACCCUAACCCUCCUCUCUGGUUUCCAGAUGGUAUUACGUAUUUCUAAGCGGCAUUUCUCUGAUUUAUUAUGUAAACACCAUGGCCAGAACAUCCCAACUCUUGAAGAGUCACCCUGAGAUAACAAAACUGGAAAGGAUCAACCCAGAAAGGACUAGGUUAACCCUGAGGGAAAUGCUCAUCUUUGGAGAUGGUUUCCAGAUGAAUCUCUGGGAAAGCCCUGGGACACAGAAGCUCAAAGUAUCCACAUCUCCCAUCAGGCUGGGAACUUAACUAAAGAAAUGUGUAGGACUUCCCUGGUGGCGCAGUGGUUAAGAAUCCGCCUGCCAAUGCAGUGGACACAGGUUCGAGCCCUGGUCUGGGAAGAUCCCACAUGCGCGGAGCAACUAAGCCCAUGCGCCACAACUGCUGAGCCCACGUGCCAUAACUACUGAAGCCCAGGUGCCUAGAGCCCCUGCUCCACAACAAGAGAAACCACCGCAAUGAGAAGCACACGCACCACAACGAAGAGUAGCCCCCCCGCUCUCCACAGCUAGACAAAGCCCUUGCACAGCAGUGAAGACCCAAUGCAGCCAAAAAUAAAUAAAUAAAUUUAUUUUUUUAAAAAAAGAGAGAAAUGUGUAACCUGAGCCAUUGAGAUGCCUGUGCUGAUGGAAGGCGUGACCAGAAAGGCAUGUGGUCUACAUGAAGCCCAGCAAACCUGGAAGACGUGGCCCUCUCUCUGGGUCACCAUGUUCCCUAAGCAGUGCUUUGGAUAUUAGGAGAUGUGUGGUGACAGGUGUCAAAAGUUUACCAAAAUUGUCCUCUGAUUUACAUCCUUGCUACCCAAAGUGUGGUGGGGAACUGGUUAGAAAUGCAGAAUCUCAGGCCGCACCCCAGCCAUACUGAAUUCAGAAUCUGCAUUUUAAGGAGAUUUUCACCUCCUCUCCACUGCCUUCAGGUGAUGCUUAUGCAUAUUAAAGUCUGAGAGGAGAGGGUUUAUGCCAUGCUCACUCAUAAGCUGGAAAGCAUGAAUCCAUCACUUCCCCUGAGCCACUGAUAAACUGUGCUCCUGGACCUGCAAAGCUGGUCCCCACCCAGAGAAUGCUGACUUGGGACCCCACCCUGCUCCAGCACCAGAGCAGCCAGCUGCCUCCACUUGGCCAUCUUUUCUUUCCAUCUGCAAGAAACAGGUUCUCCUAAAAUGAUCAGAGUGAGCCACUGGGUAAGACCUGGGUGUUUAUUGUCAGGUGAAGGCAGCCCUGCCUUGGAUUCAUCAAAGUAUGUAAAACGAGGUUUAUAAAAUCAUUGUAUUUUUUGAGCACAGAAUAAACUGGCCAUGUGGGCAAA